AUGUUCGGUUCCGUCCUCCGUGCUGCGGUCUCGCGGCCUCGAGUCCUCUGUGUCCCCCGUGUCGCAACCGCCAGCAGAACCGCGAGAUUCCAGCCCUUUUCGACGGCCAUCGUAAACAUGGCGGAUAUGAAGGACGGUGCUUUCAAGAACAAUGCCACGGAGCCUCCUGCUGGAAACCGUGUGUUGCCGCUGUUCUCGCUCAAGGGCAAGACGGCCAUUGUCUCUGGCGCUGGCGCCGGAAUUGGCUUGAACAUCGCCCAUGCCUACGCCGAAGCUGGCGCGAAUGUUGCUAUUUGGUACAACAGCAAUAAGAAGGCCCUGGAGCGCGCCGCCGAGAUUGAGAAGGAAUAUGGUGUCAAGUGCAAGGCUUACCAGGUGAACGUCACUUCUCACCAGUCGAUUCAAGAAUCCGUCCAGCAGAUCGUCUCCGAAUUCAACGGCCGUCUCGAUGUGUUUGUCGCAAACUCGGGUAUCGCAUGGGAGGAGGGGCCACUGAUCGACGGUCCCAUGGACAAGGCCGACAAAGUCAUGGCCGUCAACGUCAACGGCACUGUUUACUGCGCUCAGGUCGCCGGUGCGCAUUUCCGCCGCCAGAAGAAGGAGGGCACGACGCUCGACGGCAAGCCGCUCGAAGGCUUCACCUACGGCAGCUUCAUCGCCACUGCCAGCAUGAGUGGUCACAUUGUCAAUGUGCCGCAGGCGCAGACCGUGUACAACGCCUCCAAAGCGGCUGUGAUCCACCUCUGCAAGAGCUUGGCUGUAGAAUGGGUUGACUUUGCCCGCGUCAACACCGUCUCCCCCGGAUACAUCAAGACCGAGAUCACCGACUUCGUCCCCGAAGAGUCCAAAAAGCAGUGGAGGAAUAAGACUCCUAUGGGACGCGAAGGAGAACCUAAGGAGCUCAAGGGCGCGUACUUGUACCUUGCCUCGGAUGCCGCCUCGUACACGACUGGUUGCGACCUCAUUGUGGACGGAGGCUACUGCCUGCCAUAG